CGUAACUUAAGAAACUCCGCCACCACUCCGCAUUCUGUGCUUUUAAAACCAUUCGCUUCAUUAUGACUUCCGCACUUCAAAAAGCUAUCUUCAACGGUCAUGAACGGCGCCGGUAAGCCCUCCUCCGUCAAGCGCAGGGCCAAUAACCAUACGACUCCGGCCAACGGCGUUAAGGUGGCAAACGGCGCCAUGGCCAAAACCGCUUCUACGCACUUCUCCGACGCCUCCUUCAUGAAAUGGACCGUUGCCGAUGCUGUCCACGUGGCCACACACCAUUGGAUACCGUGUUUAUUCGCAUUGGGGCUGCUUUUCUUCAUGGGCGUGGAGUACACGCUCUUCAUGGUGCCGCCGUCGUCGCCGCCGUUCGACUUGGGCUUCAUCGCCACGCGCCACCUCCACGCCAUCCUCGAGUCGUCGCCCGACCUCAACACGCUCUUGGCCGCGCUCAAUACGGUGUUUGUCGGAAUGCAAACGACUUAUAUCUUGUGGACGUGGCUGAUCGAAGGUCGCCCCAGAGCCACCAUUUCAACAUUGUUCAUGUUCACAUGUCGUGGGAUUUUGGGGUACUCCACCCAGCUCCCGUUGCCUCAGGAAUUUUUGGGUUCUGGUGCGGACUUCCCUGUCGGAAACGUGUCUUUUUUCUUGUUCUUUUCGGGGCACGUUGCAGGGUCGGUGAUUGCUUCGUUGGACAUGAGAAGGAUGCAGAGGAAGGAAUUGGCUUGGACUUUUGAUGUGCUGAACGUUUUGCAAGCUGUGAGGUUGCUUGGUACCAGAGGCCAUUACACUAUUGAUUUGGCUGUAGGGGUUGGUGCUGGAAUUCUUUUUGAUUCUUUGGCAGGCAAGUACGAAGAUAGCAAAAGGAAAGGUGCUGCUCUCACCACAAAGCACGAUUUUUCCUGAACAUUGUGCAUAAUAUGCCAAAGAUCAUUUAUUCAUUGGAAAAAGUACACAAAAGGGUGAGACUCUGAAUUGUAGAAAAGAAAAGAAAAGAUCAGAGAAUGAUACUAUAGAAGGUUGUAUCAGAAUAGAAGUAGUCUUAAUUACAGUGUUCUGAGUUGAGUCUGUUUUUCUUACUGCUGUCUAAGUUGGAAUUCCCUUGCCAUGAUCCGAUGAUUAAAGGAAUGAAGUUUUGAUUAUUAUUACAUCAGAUUUAAGAUUUUGCACAGCAAAUGAAGUUAAGAUUUUAAA